CCGCAACCUCAUAGCCCUACUUACCAGCCUCUUUCCUCUGCUUCGUAUAAACUACAUAGAGUCACAGAGUGUGGAAGCAAAGCAGGUACGCUUUCUCUCUCUCUCCCUCUCUGUUUCCACGCCUAAAAUUCAAACCUCAACACACAAAGCAGCAGCCAUAUCCCCAAAACCUCUCUGCCAAAUCAAGUGACAGUGAGUGAGUGGUAGGUGCACGCGCAACAUAACUAUGGAUAGGUAUCAGAGGGUAGAGAAGCCCAAGGCAGAGACUCCUAUAAACGAGAACGAGAUACGCGUUACUACUCAAGGAAGGAUGAGGAAUUAUAUCACCUACGCCACCACUCUCCUUCAGGAGAAAGGAUCCAAUGAAAUUGUUCUCAAAGCAAUGGGACGUGCUAUAAAUAAGACUGUAAUGAUUGCUGAACUGAUCAAGAGAAGGAUUGUUGGCCUUCAUCAAAACACCCAAAUUGGAUCAACUGAUAUUACUGACACAUGGGAACCACUAGAAGAAGGCCUUCUUCCUUUGGAGACUACGCGCCAUGUUUCAAUGAUCACAAUUACCUUGUCAAAAAAAGAACUGGAUACAUCCUCCACUGGAUACCAACCUCCUCUUCCAGUUGAUCAAGUAAAACCUUUAAAUGAAUAUGAAGAGGAUGGAGGCUCCCCAAGGAUGCGAGGAAGAGGGCGUGGUCGUGGAAGGGGCAGGGGUAGAGGAAUUUACAAUGGGGGUAUGGAAUAUGGUGAUGGUUGGGAUGGUGGACGUGGCUAUGGUGGAAGAGGGCGUGGCCGUGGAAGGGGACGUGGUUUUCGGGGACGAGGACGAGGCUAUGGUGCCCAGCCGAUUGGGUACUAUGAUUAUGUUGAAUAUGAUGCGCCACCUGCCCCACGUGGCCGAGGCCGUGGAAGGGGAAGAGGCCGUGGACGUGGAAGGGACCGGGGUGCAGCUGCUUGAUCAAGUGGGGGUUGGUUAUCAUGUAUAUGUUAAGUUAGAAGAUGUUGCCUCUUUGUUUAGUUCUUUGUGAGAUUUGCUUAUAUUUUGGUAUUAUUUGAAGCGUUCAGUGUUGCAGCCAUGUUCCUGCAGUUUUGAUUUUGUAGUUUCUUUUUCCUCUGUAACCUCUAUAAUUUUGCCACGUUGGGUAGGUUAAGUUAGAUAUAUUUCCUGUUUAAAGACUCAUAAAAAUCACAAUUGUAAAUUUUUAGUGGGAAUUAUUGCAGUGAGGUUUUUCCAAAUUUGAUUUAGUACGUGAAUGUGGUAUAUUUUGAAGAAAUUGUACGGGAUGUGUAGGAGAACUUUUAAAGAAUAAGUAAUUAUUUUUCCAAAUUUAA